AUGAAGUUCACCGUUCACGUUCUAUGGCCAUCGGCGGCGCCAACGUCCUCUGCAGCGCCCGAGAACUACGAAUCCAAUGCCACAGCCAUCACCUUAGCUGUCCCGGUGGAACUCGACCGGUCUUGCGCAGUCUUGCGCAAUAAAAUCCUGAGACGAUUCGCAACUCAACCUCAACUACAACGCCUUCGAUUGUCAGACUUGGCAGACAAAGAUGGAGCAUUGAUCGAUCUGGAGGACACCUUGGCUGAACUGUUCCCCGAGGCUACAACAUCCCCAAGCGACAACAUAGUCCGGGCAACCACGCUCUGGGUUGAGCCUACCAGUCGCAAACGCCAGACCAGAGAAGAAGAGUGUGCACGCGAUGUGUCACUUGGACCCAGCCAGCCAGCGUCACACCGAAAGAGACAGAGGAGGUCGUCAUUGGAGAAUGGAAGAAAUGGGACGGCGCGGCAAAUUGAUCGGACACAAUCUCAUCCUGUGGCAGAGGUCAUUGAGGAUUCCCAGCCUGUGUCCCGCGGCCGCGCAUCAGCAGCAUCCGCACAAUCACCAUACCACACGCCGAGCCAAGUCACUCCUGCGCCUGGACGACCUGCCUCUUCGAACCCGGCACCGACUUCCGCGCAGCGCUUGACCAACUCGCAGGUCGCUGAUUCGCAAAGACGCCGGAGUCCAUCCGCACUCUUCGUACACAGCGAUGAUGACGACGACGAGUCUUCUGGGAUGGUCAACCUAGAUGAUGAAAUUCUUCGCGGCUCGGAUGAGGAGGAUGCCCCGAGAACUCAAAGGACAACCCAGGACAGUGGUGAAGCUUCUUCACAAUGGCGCAAUGUUUUGUCAUCAGGAAAGAAACGAGGUCAAGGCUCCUUCUAUGCCCAGAUGUUCGGUAAAAGGGCAAAGUCCUCCUCUCGUGAUGCCAAGUGGAGCAGGGAGGAAGAUCGUAUCCUCAUUCACGGCACCCAGAAGGAAUGGAGCACUCGUCGCAUUCUCGGCGCGCUAGAUAAACUUGAGAAUGCCCCUUUGCGAUCUGAGAAUGGUCUUCGCAGCCGCCGCAAGUGGUUGAAAGACACCGAUUUAUGGGACGAAAUGCAGAAUGAAGGGUCAUCACAACGGCCGAGGGAGAAGCAUCCCUCUGCGAUGCCGGAUUCGAGCCAAGUUCCGGUAUCAUCGCCUUUGCUGCGUUUCACGUCGACAAUGAAGUCCAACGAGAGGGUAGAUCCUCAACAGGCUACCCCGACUCCCAAUGCUACGUCGACAGGGGCGUCCAGUGGGAACAACAAAAAAGGUGCGAAUACCACAGACAGUCGCAACGGCGCGAACACCAUCGUAGAGCCAUCGCUCAUUGAGGAGAAUUCCAGGAGAACAUCGGGUCUGUUGAAAAAGCAACGCAGUGAUGGAAAUCAAACGCAGCUCAAUUUCGCGCGCAAUAAAGGCAAAGCUGCAGUCUUGAAUCCAGACUGGACAGGUGGAACGAGAAUGUUCUCGGUCGCAAGAACAACAUCCACCACUUCGGCUUCGACAUCCGCUGCAUCUAAAGUCGGUGUUGAGAAGCCAAACGGUGUCGUCCCGGACAGCGAUGACAACGAUGUGUAUCUGGAUAACAUGCCUGCAGCUCAAUUCGAGCAGGACGAUAAUGAAGUGGCAGACGCACCUCCAAUCGCAUCAACCCCUGAAGAAUCUAGCGUAAAUCCGACCACGGACUCAAAUGUGAUGCAACUUGACCCAUCACAACACACACGUGUCACUGCGUCACCUUCACGACCCGAUUCGAUUGAAUCUCCGAAGUCUUCGGUUGACGCGACAAUGGCAGAUGUGCCAAUGCGCAACGAUGAAUUUGAUGCUCACCACAUUGUAUCAGACACGCCAAUUGCACGAGAUCCAACUUCAGUUUCUUCAUCUGCCCGUCAGUCGGAAAGUGACGAAGCUCCUGGCCCCUCACGUUCCGUUCACUUGCAAAACACACCAUCUUUGCAGAACUCCUCACGAGAAGAGGCACGAUCAAGUACCGGCAAACUACCUCGUUUUGGUCGCCACACGGUUCAGAGUUCUCUCAAGCGCAAGCAACCUCGCCUUUACGGCUCUUCUGUCCGUCGGCCUGAUCCGUAUGAUCUCAUCAGUCAAAGUUCCGAAGAUGAGUCGACACCAAUACCUCCACGUCGCUCACGUGAGAGCCCGGCCGCAACGCGCGUCGCAUCCGAGGAGGCGACGCAAUCACCACAACCAGACCACACCGAAUCCUUUGACGACCCGGCUGCUCACGCCUCUUCACCAGCACCUCUACGACCUUCCAAAUCAGCACUCCCCACCUCGUCCGACUCUCAAGCCACCGCAAUCCCAGCCAACGCCGACAUCCAAUGCCCGCCUCAACCUCGACCACCGAAAUGGACCCUCCAAAUCCCUCCCUCCGCCCUUGAGUCCUGGCACGAAGCCAAACUCCAAGCCACCCGUCCCCGCGAAACCCGUCCCGCCUACGAGAUCUUCCUCGAAUCGCAAUUCUCCCGCGCCCUCCUCGACGCCUCGAUCCACAACAACCCCAUCGAAACCGCUCGCCUCACCAAACUCCACAAACGCUUCACCCGCGCCGUCCGCGAUGUCAAAGGCCAGCGGCAACCCACGCGCACCCUCCGCUAUCCGCAAUUCUACCCGCAUCUCGAUGUCACGAAGCUCGCGCGUCAGGCGGACCAGGAGGAUGCGGAUGAGGAAGUCGGCGAGGGCAAAUUCGACGAUGAUGCUACGACGGUGGACUGGGAGAGGGACGAUCGCAUGGUUUGGUUGGAUGGCUGGGAGGCUGAAGUGGGGAAGGGCUUGCCUAGGGGUUACAAGAGGCUGGAUCCUGAGGAUGACGAAGAUGAGGAGGAGGAGGAUGAUGAUGAUGAGGAUGAGGAUGAGGAGGACGAUGAUGAUGUGGAUGAAGUUGAAGUCAACCUUGAGACGGAGGGCCCGCGGAUCGUCGAGGUGGUCGAGGAUGCGGAAAAUUCGGCGAGAAGUUCUAAGGUGGGAGACAAGCAGAGGACGAGUCCGUUUCUGAGGCGAGGUACGCAUGGGUUUACUCAGGAUGGGGAGGAGUUCGAAGGUAACGAGGGAGAUGUGAGUGAAGACGACAGCGAGAGAGCUUUCAAGCAAGAGGAGAACGAUCUAGCGCAAGACGAUGAAAUGGCGACAAUUGAUUCCGAAGAGGAACAACGAGAUGAUCCUCGACAAACCAAUCGCGCUGCCGCGCAGGACCCCAUCAUCAUCUCGUCCGGCGACGAGUCCAGCGACUUCUACUCCGAAGACGAAGACCUCCUCCUCGAGGAUCAAAUGAUGGCGCCCAACCACCCCCUGCCCGAGCGGACUCCUCCUACCGUGCCGCCGCCUCUCCGUAAUGACAAGAACUACUCUCAGGCUAUGUCACAGUCUCCAUCGACGUCUAAUUUGCCGGCCGAGAAUCCUGCGGAAGGAACUGUUGGAAGGAAUCGUCCGAAUGAUGUCAUUCCUGUUAAUGGCACGCUUGUUCAUCAUGAGGCGGUUUCGGAUGAUGUUGACAUGGAGGAGGCGGAGACGCCCAUCCCUGCUGUGAAGUCUGCUGCGACCUCCUCUGCUCAGCGUAGAGGAGGAGAUCAUGAGGUCAUCGAAGGCGAUGGCGCGGAUGUUGUCGAGGACGAGAAUAUGGCUGACGAAGACACUUUCAUCACUGCGCCCGACGACGGCGAAGAGGUACAUUCGCGGCCUGACGAUGAGAACGCUUUGGGGGGCGCUGCUACUACCAGGCAGCAUGCAAGCGCAGACAAUUUGGAGCACAAUCGAGAACCUGUCGUGAACGGCGUGGCCGCAGAUGGGAAUAUCCCGACGGAAGACAUACGAAACGAAAUCGGGAAGUCAACGUCAAAGGCUACGAAAUCUGCCCGAGGAGAUUUGAAGGACGUGCCUCCCGUAAUGCAGCCUCCCAAGCCGCAGAACGCCUCAAAUCCAACGAAGCGCCAGAAGCGGCGGAAGAAGAAACAAAUCGAGAAAGCUGGGCUCGACAACGGUAGUCCUCCUCGGAAAGCUUCGGUCCAAGAGUCUGAAGCAAUGACCGCUACACCCUUCCGCACCCCCAAGCUUUCCGAUCGGGCCUCGAUCCACCAACAUGCCACCCAAGCCAGCAACACGCACAGUGGUCGCCGCCUGUCAUCAUCCACCAAUGCCUCUGCCAGCACCGGCAAAAAGCGCCGCGUUCAGCGCAAACACGAGCGCCGAAUUCUCCGAAAACAGCUGCAAGAAUCUGACGGCCUUCCAUCCCAUCUCCCACGAACCCAAAACAGCGGGCGUCCACACGACCAGCGAUCAGCGACGAACGCCCCAACGCCAUCAACACUACAAGCCUCCUCAUCCUUCAUGCGAUCCUCCCCGCCUCCGCAUCCUCGUCCUUCCCCGACAGUCCUCCCCGACCUUCCCGACCCCCACCAACGACAAACCCUCGUAUCGACGCCGCCCACGCCGAAACCGACCCCCAAAUCAGUCACCAAGUCACAUCUAGAGAAAUCCGCCAACGGAAUUCCCCAAGAUGAUCAAAACCGCGAGCUCAGUCCCUCACUCCCGACGAUUCCGCGCUCCGGACGACCGUCCAAUCCCGCAUCGACGCGAAAGAGCCACAACACCCAGCUCAAUGCCAAGCAAAGUGCGAAGCCCAACACGACCGCCCACCCCUUCCCCCCCAAACCCGUCCUCACAAACCCAAAUCCACCCCCAAAGACCCCCUCGGGCUCGGGUUACCCCCUAGGCCGCAUCGCAGCGCAGAUUCGCUCCGCCACCGCGCAGAUCGCCGCGCCUCCCCCGCGCAGGGAGAGGACGCCGACGCCGGAGAUCACCAGGCGCUUUCUUUUGAGUGGGGCGAGGAAAUCGGCAAAGAGAAAAGGAAAGGGGAAGGAGGAGGACAGCAGUGACAGUAGUGAGAGCAGUGAGAGCGAGAGCAGCGAGAGUGGGAGCAGCAGUGAUUGA